AUGUCCUUCUUUUCUCGGGUGUUCCGGGGCAAAGACUCCACUGCGACAAAGAAGCAGGUCAAGCCUACCGCGGUCAACACGGCCCCCGCGAAGCCCAAAUGGACCGAUGCGUGGCAGCGGACAGAGGUCGCGCCGGAAGAAGUCCAAGACCUUGUACGAGGGUGUGUGCAUGAGCUCAAGGCCCGAGCUCUCGACACGCCAUUCCUCCUCCUACCGUUCCGUCCUAGUUCCGACCCCAGUGCAGCUCGCACGUUCAUUCGCAAUUACUUUAACCAGUCCUUCGAAAAGGGCUCGCCCGUCAACGGAGAUGUCUUGUCGCAGGAGCUCCGGCUCACUGAGCCGAUGGUUCUUUGUGGUGUGAUGAAAUGGUGCUGGAGCAGACUUCCUGGUGGUGUUGUCACUUGGGAGGCCUACGAGACCUUCAAGAUGGGUGAACAUGAUUCGGAUAUGGCCCGCGACGCUUUCUCGACUUUCAUUCCGAUCGGCGGCGAUUCCGAUGCACGCACCAAUAUUAUUGUAGACUUCUUCGAUCUUUUGGCUGCCAUUGCGGCCCAUGGAAAAUCCAAUGGCUUGGGAGGCCGCAAGCUUUCCCGAUAUGCUGGAUGGUGGGCGUUUGAGCAUGUCGAUACAGGCAAUGGCUUCGAGGCGGCCUAUAAGAACUGGGCUGUUGCUGCCGAUGCUACGAGUCACUUGUUCUUCGCCUACCUUCGGUCGUUGGCUCCCGAUGUCCCUCGCGGCGUGAGCGGCAUCUCAUCGCUACCAAUUUCUCUCCAAUCGCUCGUUGAAGCGACCGAAUACCCCCCUGAAACCCCGACUUUGUUGCAAGUGACGACUACAAAGGUGGUUAUGAUUGUGGAAAAUGUUUCCCCGACGCCAUUUUCCUUGUUGCGACGCGCCAAGAACUUUGAAUACCGCGAUGAUGACUGGCACCUGCAGGAGUUUGCCAACUACGAAGACCCCGUUAGCGCAUUGACCGACGAGUGUCUCCGUGUUCUCAGAUGUAUCUCAUCUGCGAACCAAUCCAGCGUCUCGAGCACCAAACAGUCCACCAGUUUACGGGAUGCAUCCUGGUCUCGCUUCGAGGAUAUUGGGUUCGGUGGUUCGAUCGACUCUGACCCGGAGGAUGAAGCCAAGGAAGCCGCUCCGCCGGCGACUGGAAUGACCUCAAAGAGUGGAUCUGCGGGGGGCUUGAAAUCUGUUCCUCAAUCUGGAACAGGUGACCUUGGACGUCCCACCACCCCCUCGUGGGCAGACUUCAUGUCAUCCGGAUUUGCGGACGAAAACAAAUUGAAGAACCACGUGGGUCCUCUGCUCUUGCCUCCUGACAAGGUGCUGCCUCCCAUUGCCUCUGCACGUGGCAUGAGCUCUCAGUCGCACAAGCGCUCCUUGGAUAUCGAGCCGGCUCUCGAGCCUGCCGAGUUGGCGAGUAUCACCACUCUAGACAUGGAUGACUCGUUUUGGUGGGUUUGGAUCAGCAGUUUGUCUGGCGAUGAGCCGUCCAUCCGCAAGGCUGUGUUUGGUCGAUGCGCGCUUCUGGAGACCAGAAUCCGGGAUACCAAAUGGCUGAUCCUUGAAGAGCAGAUCAAGGGUGCUGCCCCAGAGCCUGAGGCCGGUGCUCAGAUUGUCGAGAAGAAGCGAUUCUUCAGCUUCGGUAGCCGUAGGGGAAAGCUCAGCCGCCGCAAGUCAUCGGCCAAGAAGGUGCCUUCGAUUGAAGACUCAUACAAGCGGCCUAACAACCAGGGAACGCAAAGCAAGACCAGCAUCGGACCGGAUCAGCACAAGCGGAUCCAGGAAGCUGCGGCCGCUCUGCAAAAGAAGCACCGUGAGCAAGAAGCGGAGGCGAAAGAGAACCGUGUCACUCCCAAUAAUAACCGUUAUUCCAAGACCAACUCCGUCAUGACGCUUCAGCCUGCGAUUGUGAACGAGGCCUCCCAGGCCAUGAAGUGGACAAAGAACUACGACAAGGGUGCCUUCAGGGCAGCAUAUCUCAGCGACAACCGCGCUGGCACAGGUCAUCUUGAAGAACUCGAGGACACACCCAAGCCGAUCUCGAAGGACCCCGAGGAGAAGCCUACCGCACCGUUGGCCCCUCUUCCAACCAACGCUACAAAGAGUGCUCUCCCGCCACUUCCCAAAGAAGCUGCCGCUGCUGUGUCCACACCUCUUCCCCCUUCUCCUAAAGAAGCGCCAGCUAAACCUGUCAAUGUCGCCGCUCCCGAAGAGGAGAAGCCCAUCACAAAGCCUGCCGUUGUUGAACAACCCACUGAGCCUCGGGACUCGGUGGACGAGAUGGGCAAGAAGCUGAAGAAGAAGACGGGCAAUUCUGCCUUUAAGAGCAUGUUUAGUGCCAAAAAGAAGCCCGAACAGCAACAGACUCCCGUGAAGAACGCUGAUUUCAAGGAAAUUUCCAAUGUGGCAGCUACUCGUGCAGCCCUCGAGGCCAAGGCGAAAGCAGCUCAGGAGUCCGGUCCCGUGAAGAAGAAGCCUCUUCCGAACGGCGCCGCUGUCGCGGUUACGCCUGUGGCUACCAAGCUGGAAAAGCCCUCGUCGCCACAGGGUGUUCAACCGACCGUCAAGGAACCUGUGGCAAUACCCCCAACCUCGACUCAACCCUCCGCCUCUCUGAAAGAGAACGGUGCGCCGCCCAAGACUAGACGCGCCGUCGAGUAUGAUGCUCUCUCGCGCGUUGGUACCAAUGAACGCGACGCAGCCGAUCAGGAGUUCUCCAAGUUCGACCAGGGCCCACUGAGUGACCAGCCUGCUUUCGUCCCUGAGGAUUCUCCCGUGGACGCCACAUUUGCAGCACAGAAGACCGAGGUUCCCCAGACCCCGACUAACGGCAAUGGUGUCCGCCCUGAGACCGCCACUUCGCCCGAGUCAACCGAAGCUGCACAGGAUCGCUGGAAGGCGAUUCGGGAGGCUGCUGCCCAGCGGACUGCCGCUGCCCAAGAGGAACAGGCACACGAGCACGAGACCGAGGCCAACACCCGAACUAGCCAGUCGGAGCGCACCGACGACGGAGAUACUAGUGGAGAAGAGACCAUCGAGGCCCGUGUCGCCCGCAUCAAGGCCCGAGUGGCUGAGCUAACCGGCAACGUGGAGGAUGGAAAAAGGCGCUAG